CGGGCUGCACUCAUUGAUAUGCAAGAAGUUUGCCCCUAAACAAACGUCGCAUUAAGGAAAUGAGGUAAAACUGAUCUCAAAUAAAUCAAUAAGAUAAUGGAUCUUCUUUUUGAUCAUAGCUUGUCUACCAGUUGUAAAAAAUUUUAUUGGUGGCUUUACAAAUAUAGCCAAAUAUACGUGUUUCCCUGCGUAUCUGUGUAAAUGUUGGUUAUGUUAAUGAUAACGUUACGGUACGUUAUUCGAUUAAAUACAUGUUACUUCCGUCAGCUGAUAUUGUUUUAACAGCAUGGCAAUAUUUUCAUAUUUUUCCCGCCAGUAAACAAACGCAAUCAGUUUUUUUUUUGUUUUGGUUGCUAUUUGUGUUUAGCCAGAAAAUAUGGAUUUCAGAAGAAAAUCGAAAGCUCGCCUAGAACGCCGUCCUGAGUAUGAGAAUUUGGAACAGAAUUAUAAGCACAAUGUUUUAUUGUAUCGCAUGCCGCCAACGGAAGACAUAAAAAUACAGGAGUUUGAAGAUUUGGCACUGGAACGCUUGAAAGUACUACGGAUCAUGGAACAAGCUCAAACAAAGGGAUUACGCUUUCUUUCGGAUGACUGGAAGGAAUAUGUUCAUGACGAGCUCUCCAGGGAAGGACUGAAGGGUUAUUUGCGUCUCUGCACCAAUGGUGGUAAUACCGCAACAAACAACAUUAGCAAGCAUGAAUUUGAAUUGCAGGCCCGUCGUCGAGAUUACAUAUCCCAUUUUAUAUUGCGUCUGGCUUACUGUCGCACUCAAGAACUAAAGAGUUGGUUUAUAGCGCGAGAAAUGGAGCUUUUCAAAUACAAAUUCUCUGCCAUGACACCGGCUGAAAUAAAACAUUUCCUGGAAUUGCAUGAUUUAAACUAUGUGCCCCUUACUUCUGAACAAAAAAAUGUUGUUAAGGAUGGCCUUAUCGAGAGUACUGUGGGGCAGAGUGUAGCAAAAAUCGAAAUGCUGGAUUUUUACAAGGUGCCGUUUACUCAAGUUUUAGACUUGGUUAGAUCUCGCCGGUGUUAUAUAAAACAUGGACAGGCCUAUGUGAAUACCCAUGACUUUAUAUCAAUUGUUGGCGCCAAGCAAAUGGAGGAAAUCGAGCAUGGCCUAAAAUCGGCACAACGUUUGAUACGUGAAGUGGAAACGGACGAACGGCUAUUUGCACUGCUGAAAUCCUUGCAUACUUCGUACACUGGUAAGGAUUACACUGUAGGCAAAGAUGUCAAAGUGCCAAUUGAGUCCAUUGACCAAUUAUCAAAGAAAUCAUUUCCUCUGUGCAUGCGUAUUUGUCAUGAGCAUCUACGUACCGCUCAUCAUAUGAAAUAUGAUGGUCGUAUGCAAUACGGCCUAUUCCUCAAAGGCAUUGGCGUCACCUUAGAAGAUGCCAUACGGUUUUGGCGAGAAGAAUUUACCAAAAAAAUGGAUCCAGAGAAGUUCGCUAAAAGCUAUCAAUACAACAUUGAACAUAAUUAUGGCAAAAAGGGUUCCUUAAAAGACUAUGCCCCAUUUUCGUGUGGAAAAAUAAUACAAGAAAAUGUAGUUCAGGGUAGUGCAAAUGGCUGCCCUUAUAAAUACUAUGAUCAGUCGACAUUAAAACAAAAACUUGCAGCUGCUGGCUUAGGAACGGCUCAUAUACAGGAAGUUGCUGGAUUGGCUGCUAAGCAUCAUUACCAACUGGCUUGUGCCAAAUAUUUCCAAAUAACGCACGAAACUUCUCAGGAGGUUGCUAUCAAUCAUCCAAAUCAUUAUUACAUACAAAGUCAAGAGCUUAUGGGUAAUCGGGUAGAGAAGAAACCUUCAACGGCAUCACAACGAAAACCAAUGAAGAGCAUUCAAGCCACUCAAGACAAUUCGAUGUAUAUGAAUGCAGACGAUGACGAUGAGUUGUGGAAUAUAGCUGAAGCUACACAAAAGUCAUUAGAUGCCACGCAGACGGAAGCAGCUUCCAAAAAAGAUAUAGCUUGGGAAGAUGAUGACCUUGAUCUGACGGCCAUUGAGUGUUAGUAUUUAUGUAUAUAGUUUGUAAUUGUUCUUAAAACGGGUUUGCUAGACCAAACGUUGAUAUAUAAAAGUUUUA